UUGGGCCGAUUAUCCAUGUAAUUACACUUUUGUAUGGAUUUGUGAGAGGGGUUUAAAAGUUUAACAAUGCUUUUCUUGUAUAUCAAUUUUGUGUACAUACAGUAAAACACACCAAGAGAUUUGGAUUGUAAUUAAUUCAUGUUUGAUUAUUUCUUAGCUAUCAGCCUAUUUUUGUAUGUGCUCUUUAUAGUAGUACAUCCAACACACUUCAGUAACUAAAAUCUCUCUCUCUCUCUCUCUCUCUCUCUCUCUCUCUCGUAAUGUAAUUGAGCAAAUAAAAACUUUUUUUCAGUAUAAACUAAAAUUCUUUACAGUAAAAAUGUUUUUGAAAUGGACAACUUGGACUACUUCAAUAUUGUGUAAAAACACUUCAAGAAAAGAAAACAUUUCUGCCAAUUAAAGACAAAAUAUGACUACACUGAAGAUGAUCAAAUAUAACACGUUUUCUUUUUCAGAUUUUUUAGUCGCAACAUAAUUCUCUUUGUGUUAUUCCUUAUUGUGCUAUUCCACAGUUUUGAUAAGCUUACUAUUCAUUUCUAGAAUGUGAAGAAACAUGAAGUGAGUAUAGUGUAAAACUUUUGACCAGUAGUGUAUACUGUAUAUAUGCAUAUGUAUUUGGACGGAUUUUAGUAAUACUUGUGAUGCUAUUAAGCAAAGCGAAAAUAAACGUUGUUCUAAAUCAAUCAAUACAAUGGCGUGUGAGGAUCAUUUGUCAUUUAGAACAGCAUUACAGCAUUACUUCAAAGCCAAAGAUUUCAACACAAAGGACAUUACAGACACUUUCACUUGCAUAAUAAUGCGUCUGAUUGCAUCACCACCGUACGGUAACUUGUAGUUUCAGUUCUGUUGUAAGAUAUACAACAAUGUCAACAUACCAUACAUGAGUAUUUCUUUGACACACACACACUGUGCAUUGAGGCAAUGAAAGUGGGUUACAUCAGAACUGAAACAACAUCAAAAAACUUUAAGCAUUGACGGUCCUUGUGCAUUCACGAUUUUGUCAUGUUUCCAAUAGUUAUCAAAAGAGGAAGAGCAUUGCCAAACUGAACAGAUCUACAGAGGAGCGACAGGGAACAUGUUAUAGUAUUUUGCCGUUAAAGAGGCAGAAUGUCUGAAGUAAUUUACAGCACCGUUAUCAGGACUGAGGGAAGAAAGAGAGACAAAAUGGAGAUGACGGUGGAUAUUUAUGAGAGUGCAGAUUCUAUCAAAGAUCAUGACUUCAGGACAGAUACAAACACACAACACCCACAGCAGCAGACAGGAAGUGAGUGUGCGAGGAACAGAAGACUCAGAUCAGUUCUAGUGUGUUUGGUGGUGCUGUGUGUUCUUCUACUGACUGCAGUCAUAGUGCUGUGUGUCCUGAUCUACACAAACAAUCACAAGUGUCACAUCAACUACAAAAACAUCACACAAGAGGGAGACGAAUUAAGAGCCAAGUGCAAUAAUGUUACUGAACAAAAUAAACUGCUGAAUCAGACAAAAAAUGAACUACUGAAAUAUCUGCACGAGGGAUGGAAAUACUAUGAAUUUAGUUUGUACUACUUUUCAUCUAAGAAGAAGAGCUGGACUGAGAGCAGAAGAUACUGUGAAGAAAAAGGAGCAGAUCUGAUCAUCAUUAACAACAAAGAGGAACAAGAUUUUGUUAAGACGAUUUCUGAUUCAGAGAACCAUUGGAUUGGUUUGUCUGACAGUGAUGAGGAGGGCAGAUGGACAUGGGUUGAUGGCAGCACACUGACCUAUAGCUCCUGGCGGUAUCAUGAACCUGAUGGUCAAAGAAGAGAGAACUGUGCUGUGUCUUAUACAUCAGUGUGGUAUGAUUAUUCAUGUGAUAGUGGUUAUAAAUGGAUCUGUGAGAAGAGCAUUAACUAAUCAUUACACAACUGUGUAGUGUGCUGAACACCUAUGAAUUGUUGCCCUUGUGUUGCACUCAUUGCUUCCAUUGUUUGCCUUUUUGGAUAAAGACAUCUGCUACAUGACUAAAUGUACAUGUAAUAAACAGAGGAAAAAGCCACACAUAAGAGUUUUAAGGUACAGUUUUUUGUCUGAUGCUAUUAUUUAGAUUUAUUGAACUUACAGAACAAAUCUGCUAAGAAGAUAACAACCCUGAUUCAUCUUUCUGAAGCAAAAGACUAUUACUACACUGAUCGUGUCACGGUUCCCUCUGUCUCUCCCCAUGUUUUCCCCAAGGACUUCACUUUCCACACUCCUCCACCUGUUUCGUGUCUGUAAUCCCCACACCUGUUAGCAAUCUCCUCAUCACCAGUGGCCUAUAUAUACUCUCUCUGUUUGCCCCAUCGUUGUCUGGUAUUGUUGUUACCGUUGUCUUGUGUAUACUCCAGGGGCCCGUUUCAGAAAGGAGGUUUAGUGAAAACUCUGAGUAUAUCAACCCUGAAAUGAGGGAAACUCGGGGUUUUCCGUUUCAGAAUGGGAGGUAUGUCAAACCCGAGAAAGCGGGGUAACUCAAGCCCGUUUCUAAAAGAGAGGUCACUUAUACUCAGAGUCAGUAACCAUAGUAACUUAGUGUGAACCUAACCUGGUCGGGAGCAGGUUUUCUUUGGUAAACCCAGAGUUUAUUUCCAUCUCCUCCCACUUUUAAAGCGCAAGUGGUGUAACUCAUUCAUUCAGUCAUUCAUGGCACACAUUUGAUCACACAGACACUCAGUGACUUAUAUGUCAUAUGUGCUUUUAUAGAGGAUCCUGUAUGUGAAGAGGCUGCAUUAAUUCAUAGGGAUGUCAUUUGAUUUCAGGAGAGCAAUUUAGGACCCGAGUGGAAUUUUGUAAUUUCCCUGUGCAUUUUUAUUAAAACUGUACCAUUUUUCUUUACAGUGAAUUAGAUAUAUCAAAACAUAUCUCAUUCAUCCUUACAUCAAUAAUAUCAGCCAUCGUGGCCGUGCAUUACAUCAGAG